ACACAGAAACUGAAUGUGAUGAAAGAUCACUGGCAAUUUUUCUUUUUGACUAUGACAUCACAAAGUAGUUUAGAGUGUUGAGUCAGGGUAGGCUGUAAACCACAAAAGCCAACAAGCAGCUCACAGAUCCAGACCUGAGACACAACCGUGUGGAAAAAGACUUUGCGAAUCGCUUUUAAUUCUUUUAAACCUAACAAUGUCAUCAGCAUUAGCAACGACUUUUUCAAAAAUGUGGACUAAACUAACAGCACCAAAGCUCAAGAGCUGUUUAAAGAGCCCAUGGAAAGAUUCUGAGGGAAUCCCAAAGAAGAAAGUGAAAUUUAAUUCGAUGGUCGAAAUAUGUUACUUUACUAGAAAGGAGAAGGAGUCCGUACCAGAAGUUGGGGGCUCUAAUCAGCUCCAGUACCCGACUACAACUGAGCGAAACCUCCUCCCAUCUGCCCGAGUUAUGAUGGAAGAGGAGGAAUAUGAUAAACAGCGCAAGGUGAAGAAGCAGCCUGUUGAGACUAAUAGAAGGAAGAGGCCGCUCUGGGAGCAGAGAUGGAGAAAACAGACUAAAGAUUACAUCAGGAUAUCUGAGGCAGAGCUCGAAGAACUGAAUAACACCCCGAUACAUUCAGUUCCACUUUCAUUGAGACAUUUAAAAGAAAGUGACAUAAUAAUUCAAGAUCUAAAGAACAAGCUGAAUGAAGCAGGUAACCACCACCUGCGUCAUGCCUCCAUAUCCCUGGACCUUGUGGACACCUUGUUGGAAGAUGAGGAUGAGUUGAAGACAUUAGAGGCUCAGUUGGAGGAAAGUGCCUCCAAACUUAGAGCUCAGGAGGACAAUAGUCAGGCGCUGCAGAAGGAGGUGGAGGACCUCAGAGAACAGCUUCAAAGGAGGGAACCAAUCAGUCCCACUACAGAGACAGUCAAACCAAGACAUGAGAUAGUUGAGGAAGACCCUGAGACGAUCCAAGAAGAACAUCCAGUGGACAAGGAGGAAAAACAGACAAAGCUCAAGAGCUAUGUAAAGCACCCAUUGAAAGAUUCUGGGGAAAUCCUAAAGAACGGAGGGCAAUUUAAUUCUGUGGUCAGUGUAUGUUCCUUUACUAGUAAGGAGGAGGAGUCCGUACCAGAAGCUGGGGGCUCAGAUCAGCUCCAGUACGUGACUGCAACUGAGGGAAACCUCCUCCCAUCUGCCCGAGUUAUGAUGGAAGAGGAUGAAUACCAUAAACAGCGCAAGGUGAAGAAGCAGCGCAAGGUGAAGAAGCUGCGCAAGGUUAAGACUAAUAGAAGGGAGAGCCAACCCUGGGAGCAGAAAUGGCGAAAACAGACUGAAGAAUACAUCAGGAGAUAUGAUGCUGAACUCGAUGUACUGAAUAGGAUCCUGAUAGUUUCGGCUAGAGAUACAAAAGGACGUGGCUUAAAGAUUAAAAAUCUAAAGAAGAAGAUGUAUGAUGGAAUGUACCUGCACCUGGUUCAUUGCUCCAGAUCCUUGAAUCUCGUGGACACCAUCAAAGUCCAACAUGAGCAGAAGUGGAAGACAUUAGAGGCUCAGUUGGAGGAAAGUGCCUCCAAACUUAGAGCUCAGGAGGACAUUAGUCAGGCGCUGCAGAAGGAGGUGGAGGACCUCAGAGAACAGCUUCGAAGGAGGGAACCAAUCAGUCCCACUACAGAGACAGUCAAACCAAGACAUGAGAUGGUUGAAGAAGACCCUGAGACGAUCCAAGAAGAACAUCCAGUGGACAAGGAGGAACACGAGGAGAAUAUCUCUCUCUGGAGGAGGUUCAAAAAAUUUCUCACUCCAAAACACAAACGUUUAUUUAAGUCCAAACGCAUGAAGAAAGAGAAGGAAGAGGCCAGUGUUUCCAUGUGAAGAAUCUUGUAGUUUCUGACUGCCAGGACUUCACUUGUUGACACGUCUGGGUUUUCCCCGGGUACUCCGGUUAGCCCACACAGUAAAAGUUUGAUUUUUUUUUGUAUCUUUACCGAUUGAAAAAAAUAAAAUGAUUGGAAAAAAAAAA